UUUUUUUUUUUUUUACUUCUUUCCUUUUUUUUGCCCAUUCUUCUUCAGUUUUUAAUAAUGUCAACAUUAGAAACACUUUUGAAGGACUUUGUAUUCGAACGUGUUCUUUCACAUAAUACUCGUACAAAAUUGAUUUAUUUACUUGGACGGGUCAAAGGCGAAGCAUGUAUAUUAAGUUUGGAAAAAUUAGCUUAUGACGAUACAUCUAUACCAACACUAAGUCAACAUGUGAAUAAACUGAAGGAUGAAGUAGAAAACAACAUCUAUGGCUGGGGUUUAGGAAAUAUACAAUUAGACAAAGUGAAUACACAGAUCAAAUACAUUUAUCCAGCAACUGAACUACACAUUCGCAAAUAUCAAGAACAAGCACGAUAUAUGAUCAGGGAAACACCAACUGUUUAUACUCAAGUUACAAAACCAUACAUUGAUUCUAUUCCAGCAGAACGUAUCGAUUGGGUACGCAACAUUCUUCAAGGUAAAGCUGAAGUAGAUCGUGUAUUAUAUCAUGAUAAGGAUCCGAAACAUGGGUUUGUGGUAUUACCUGAUAUGAAGUGGGAUGGACAACCUGAUUCUAUGUAUUUGGUAGCAAUUGUGAUGAAUCCUGAUUUACUUUCUUUACGAUCACUUACAGCCGAACAUAUACCUUUACUAAAACGAAUUCGAUCAACAUGUCAACGAAUUGCCAAGGAACAACAAGGAUUAACAGGGAAUGAUGAUACUUUAUAUCCACAAGAAUUCCGACUCUUUCUUCAUUAUCAACCCAGUUAUUAUCAUUUACAUAUACAUAUUACGGCUCUUACUAUGCAGGAUCCUCCAGGGGCAAUGGCAGGACAAGCUCAUCUUUUGGAUACAGUUAUCGAUAAUUUAGAACUUUAUCCAGAUUAUUAUCAAAAGGCAAGUCUCUCUUAUGUUAUUGGUGAACAACAUCCUCUUUAUUCAAGUUAUAAAACCUGGGUGGAACAAAUAGAACAAAUCUAGUUUUUACUCAUCGUCACAAUAGAGUAGUAUUAUUCUUAUUAAUCUAUUUUUUUUAUUAUUUUAUUUUUAUUUUUAUUCUAUCUUUUUUUUUUGUGGUGUGCUUUAUUUUAUUAAGAGUUUAUGAAUAAAAACGAA